CUAAGAUUGAAUCGCGUUUUGGAGCUGUUGUCGUCUUAUUGAGAACCAGUUCGCGUGAAGUUUGCUGCAGACGCUGGAAAUACAACCAGAUUCAUUAUCAGGCAAUUACCAUCAGGCGUCAGCUAAGUCGGUUCCAACAUCCGGUAGCGCCGUCUCUGGCACAUUUAGCUGUUGGCAUGAGGAACUGAGGUGCUCCAGGCUAUGGAUGUUCGAAGGUCCGAUAUGUGCCAAGAGUUUCGCUCAGCGGCCUGCUCGCUCCAUGUCGGUGGCAAUGUCCGGUUUGAAGAUCCAGCUCCUACAUCGCAUGCGCCAACUCGAAGUAGUGAAAACUGAUCAGAUAAUCUACAGAUCGAGCUUCACUCUGAGGCAUUGUAGAGAGCCAUGUCUAACACCAAGAGAUAUGCCCUUCUUGGGGCCACGGGGGCCACCGGAUCUGCUGUGUUACGAGCACUUCUUGAGAAAGAGCACAGUGAUCUCGUGUUGAACAUCCUCGUCCGAUCAAAAGACAAGCUGUUCAGAGCAUUCCCCGAGCUGGAGCAGAAAGCCAAGUUCUCGAUAAACAUAUUCGAAGGCGAUGUCGGGAAUCGAUCAGUAUUGGCGUCGUGCCUGGCCGAGGUGGGCACCAUCUUCAUGUGCGUGGCACAAAAUGGUUCGCAAAUGGGCACAGAUCUGGCACUCUCAACAGCGACUGCAAUCCGAGAGACUCUCUGGACUGCUCGCAAACUCCAAGGCGAGGGCGAAUUCGAAGCGCCAACAAUCGUCAACCUCAGAAGUGCCUCGCUGAAUCCACCACUAGCCGCGCAGACGCCGAAGGUCGUGCAUAAGGUGGUCAUGUUUUGUCUGCACUACUCAUAUGCAGAUGUAAGACGGGCGUGUACUGUGUAUGAAGCCGCAGCUGCUGUCGGCCUCGUGAAGUACAUUUGGGUCGACCCGCCAACGCUCCACGAUGCUCAAGGAGAGAAGUGUACUGGAUAUGCCUUGAUAUCUUGCGGGUCACAGGACAAGCAGGCGACCGCGUUGAGCUAUGCGGAUUUGGGAGCUGCAAUGACUGAGAUUGCUGAGCGGCAAGACGAGUUCAGGGGCCAAGCAGUGGGAGUUACUGCCACUGGGAAAGUGAAAGAGUCCUGGGUUGUUCUGCUUGGCUUCCUUGUUAACGGGGCCUUCGGUAGAGCGACAGGUUGGUGGAGCAGUUGCUGGGCUCCAACACUCCUCGACUGAGGUCGCUGUCAUCCGUACAUUCGCAUCGAGCCAUUUGCGUCGGAAUGGCCUCAUAUUGAGCUUGGGCCACAAUCCAUAGUUCUCAGCAUUUCUCAUGACAUCCAUAGAGACGUCAGUACGCUUUUCAAGCUGCUGGCUGUGAUUGAUUUUCCUCUGUCGUCAAGACGAGAGAGGUUGUUCUAAACAGAAACCUAUCCAGGUGCUGACGCCAUGCGUAGAGAUGGGUUCGGUGGAUGGUGUCGGGUACGGGACGGAGCAUGGUG